CGUAGAGGACAUCCAACAAACGUCCAAUGUUGUGACUCGAACCAGCCAGUUUACGGUUUAAAGCCGAACACGUGUGAGAACGGAAAUCAGCUCAUGCUGGAUAGAUUUGAUGAGAUUUCCACUAAAGAAUCUCUGGCGAUUCUGCAAAGCUGAAGUAGGUUUAGUCGGCGGAGCUUGAGAGGCGGAACCUUGACUGUAGCCUGGUCUGUGGAGAGCCUAAAUCAACAGAUUUCCAGCUUGUAUCUGUUGGGAACAUGUCAGCUGCACAAAACGAGUCCAGGAAGCGGGGCAAGAAGCGCUAUGUGAGCGGCGGGCAGCAGGGCAAGAGGUGGAAGGGCUGCAGGGAGCUGGAGGUGGGGAUGCAGGGGAUCCUCAUCACCUGCAACAUGAACGAAAGGAAGUGCACCGCGGAGGCCUUCAACCUGCUCAACGAGUACGCAGAUCAGCUGUUUGGACCAGAGAAGUUUCAGGACAACAAAGGAAGCAGCAGCAGUGAGGAAGAAGAGGCUGAAGAAGACAUUGAGGUCGCUUUGAAGAAGGAGGUUGCUCAGCUUAAAUCAUCUGGAGGCAAACAGGAGAGGCGCUUCCAGGCCCUGGAGAGCGGCGCCAACAACGUCAUCUUCAUCAAAACUCUGAAUCUGGAACCUGACAAAUUGGUUCAUCACAUUCUGUCGGAUCUCCACACCACCAAGAAGAAGAAGUCCCGUGUGAUACUUCGGAUGCUACCAGUAACGGGAACAUGCAAGGCUUUCCAGGAAGAUAUGUUGAAGUACCUGACCACAUUCUUAGAGCCCUGGUUCAAAACUCCAAACAGCGCAACUUAUCAAAUCGCCUUCAAAGCACGAAACAGCAGCCAUAACAAGAGAGAGGAGAUUAUUAAAUCCAUCGCAGGUCUUGUAGGAAAACUGAACCCCAAAAACAAGGUGGACCUAACAAACCCCGAACUGACGAUAAUCGUGGAGGUCAUCAAGGCCGUGUGCUGCGUCAGCGUGGCGAGAGACUAUACGCUCUUCAGGAAGUACAACGUUCAAGAGGUGGUGAAAGAAGACGCUCCAAAACCUGACCCAGCUAAAAUGAAAUCCGAACAAAACGCGGCCGAGCAGAAAGAUGAGCAAAAUGGAGGUGAAGCGGAGAAGGAAGAGGAGAAGAAGAAAGCAGAAGAUGAGGAGAAAACUGACGUACAGAUUAGGGAGGAGGUCAAAAAGAGCGAGGAUGGCGGAGAAUGAGAGCUCAGAUUUAGAAAAAUCCAUUUUAGUGUGUUGGUUUUUUUUGUUUCGUUUUUUAACCCUUAACACAUUUAUCAAAACAAAUAAUGGAAAUGGUCUAAAGGAUAGUUAUUUAAUUUUUUUUUAUUUUUAGAAUGAUACGAAAUGUAACCAACUUUACUGAUGAGGGGAAGCGUCGCAAUUAAGUUUCUUUACACAAAAUGUUGCACCUUUUACCUUUUAUAUGUAGAAUUUGAAUUCAAUGAUCUCAUUUAUAUAUUUUUACUCAAAACAUUAAAAUUUAGGACACAUAGCAGAUGUUAAAAGUGAAAGGUAAUCUGUGGAGGACAUAACGGCACCUUAAAAAUGUCGAUUACAUGAUAAACCCGUCUACUCUUUAUAGUUCCUAACAAUUCUUCAAUUAAAGCUCUGUGUGUUUGAUUUCACU